AUGCAUUUGGGAAUCAACGAUGUGCAUCCUUUCUGCCAAAUCGAGCUCAAGGACAGAGCUUCUAUGCAAGAUCUGUUAAGGGCUGUUCUCGACCCCUUGGAGCCUUUUUUCUCCAAGCACAAGGCGCGGGUCAACUGUCCAGGUAACACUGCAGUUCGAUUUGAUCAAAGCGCUUCUGAACUCGAAGGCUUCGCGCGUCCCCUGUGGGGUUUGGCCUUCCUGCUUGGCGGCCAUGGCGAAUAUCACGGCACAGACUGGUGGAUCCAGGGUUACAAGUCUGGAACCGACCCAAAUCACCCAGAGUAUUGGGGCUAUCCGAGGGAAAAUGACCAACGUAUGGUGGAGAUGUGCCCUCUUGGCUUUGCCCUAGCCGAGACGAAUGUUAUCUGGGACAACCUCUCCCAGAAAGAGAGGGAGAAUGUGGAAGCCUGGCUGGGGAAUUCAAUCAACGAAAAAAAUAUGCCAAAUACCAACUGGCUGUGGUUCCGCGUUUUCGCGAACCUAGGGCUGAAGAAGAACGGCGGCAAGUUCUCGCAGGACAGGAUUGAUAGUGAUAUCAAGCACCUAGAUUCCUUCUAUCGUGGCGAUGGCUGGUCCAAUGAUGGACCAGAGGGAAUUCAUCAAAUGGACUAUUACUCUUCCAGUUUCGCUAUCCAAUUCCUACAGCUUCUAUACGCCAAGCUUGCCGGCGAUGAAGACCCUAAGCGAGCUGCAGAGUUCAAGAAGCGAGCACAGAUAGCAGCUCUAGACCUUGUACAUUAUUACGACAACGAAGGUAGAGCUAUCCCGUAUGGCCGCAGCAUGGGCUACCGCUUCGCUACAAUAUCGUUCUGGGGCGCCUUGGCCUAUGCGAAUGUCGAACUACCAGCUCCCCUGACUUGGGGUAUGGUCAAGGGCAUUGUCAUGCGCCAUUUACGCUGGUGGCAGAGCCAACACGCAAUAUGGACGGCAAGCGGGACCCUUUCCCUAGGUUAUUCCUACCCUAACAUGUACAUAACGGAGAAUUACAACAGCCCGGGGAGCCCCUAUUGGGCAUGCUUGGCCUUUGUAUGUCUUGCUGUUCCUGAGACUCACCCGUUCUGGACUUCCAAGGAAGAGUCUUUGAGGGAUGUUAUCCCCAAGAUCAAAGCCCUGAAGCACCCGGGCCACAUCACUAGCUAUCUUGGAAGGCACUGUAUGUUGCUAUCGUCGGGACAAGCAUGUGGCUAUCCGAUGAAAGGCACCCACGCCAAGUACGGGGCAUUCGCUUAUAGCAGCGCUUAUACAUUCUCCGUGCCCACGGGGCUCUUUUCACUCGAGCAAUAUGCGCUAGCUUCACAAUUAGGUCUGUCUGACGAUGGUGGCGAGUACUGGAAAACACGGAGGACAAGUGAAUAUGCUGCACUCGAGUAUCGGGGGGACACGCCAAUCCUUGUCUCUAUCUGGCGACCGUUCCCAGACGUCACAAUCAAGACGAUCCUAAUCCCCCCUACGGAAAGUGCCCCUAACUGGCAUCUGAGAGUUCAUAAGAUUAAAGCCGGGCGGGAAAUCAUGACUGCAGAUGGUUCCUUUGCAAUUUGCAAUAUCAAUUCCAAGAACGGGCGGUAUCUGGACCUCUAUGACCCGUCUAUAUGCGAAGAAACACAUCCAAAAAUCAUUGGAAACUACGAUCUAUCAACGGCGGAGGGCUGGGCUGAUGGAAAAUCAGGAGCUUUUGCUGUAUCAAAGGGCGCAGUCGGUAUUAAAGCGCUUGAGACGCAGGAUGGGCGAAUGGCUAACUUAGUCAACGCGGACCCAAACUCAAACCUGGCAGAGAGCCGGACGGUAAUCCCCACACUCCAGCACACGGUGAGGAGAGGGGAGACUGUAUUGUACAUUACAGGAGUUUACGCUAAACCGACAGGGCCCAGAGAGGCAUUCCUCGACGGGUGGGAGAGUCCGCCAGCAGUACCGCGAUGGUUGGAGGCUGAGAUGAACUGA